CGGUCAAAAAAAAGUUUCUUCUCCACAAAAAAACUCUCCUCUGGACGACAAUUUGACCGAAGCAAAAACAAAGGUAGUUGCUUUUUUAGAGCAAAGAUUAACCACUAAUAACAUUAAAGAAAUAGAAAAAUGGGUACAGGACAAAAAUUAUGACCCAUUAAAGGGAGUAAACUUGGCCGGAGUAGACUUAAAAGGAAAGAGUGACAAUGGCAAGGUGUCAGAUUUGGAAGGCCUGACCAUCGCAGAACAAAAGCACUUAGCCACAAAAUACAAAGAUUAUGUUCAAUUAAGUGCGGCCGGAGACGGAAAUU